GCUGCAAACUCAGAAGCAAGAAUUCGCCAUGUCUUGGAUGCACACAAGCCGCAGCAGCUUUCAGCAGCUCAUAGUUAUCACCCCGUUCCCCAUAGCAUUUCCAGCGAUGAUGCUAUGGUUUCAUAUCUUCUUCGUGAACUCCCAUGUUUGGGGGUUCAAGCAUCACGCGAACCCUUUGCCACAGCACUUUCACGACGCUGUGCAGGAGCUGACACUGGCGUUUCCGCUAGUGCUCCAGAACUUAACCUUUGCCUCCGGCGUCAUUCGCAGUGGGGACAAGAUGCUGGACAGGAGCGUGAUCAAGUAUCACCCCGGCAACUUCCAAUCGGAUGAAGAGUUUGUGGCGGACAAGACCGCAGGCUUCUACGCAGUGCUCCACGAUUUCAUUUCGCUGGAUAAGGAGGGAAAAGCAGCUGCAGACGCCUGCCCACAUGCGCUCAUCCCCAACAUCAUGCCGUGCAUCAAGGCCGCUUCUUGCGUAAUCCAGGCCGGUGUUCCCGACAUCGUGGACAUGGAGAUCUAUGCAAGCAUGCUCGAACAGAUGACGAGGUUUGAGCAGAUCCUGUGGCCCCUUCUGAGAGACGGGCUUGUACAUGAGAAAGGCGGAGAGACGCUUGCCGAUGACCUCGUGUUUCCUGAGGCUUACACUUGUGACGACAGUGUGCACACGCCCGAUGACGACACGGCCACAGUACAAGUUGCAACAGCGUUGACGCAGCUGACGGCCUCCACUUCCAGCGAGCAUGCUGCAACCUUGGCGGUGGCAGCGGCCAUGCAUGAAGCGACUGUCGCGAGCCAUCAAGUGCUGGAUGCCCACGGUGCAAACAGUUCCAUGGAUUUCACCAUUGACAAGCUUCAGCAAUCGUGGCAUUUUGUUUGCCAGAAAACUGGCUGCGAUCCUACGAACUACUGGGACAUCUUCUUCCGGCACCAUGAGCAUUCGCUGAAUUUGAUUACCCUUGGUCAUCCAUCACUACUCCGUGCUGACAUCAAGAUGCGUUUUCAGCUGCAACAUCGGGUGCAGAGGUUCAUUGCUGACAACUCUGGGGACUUCAGCUUCAUUCAGAAGUUUGCUCGCAUGAACCAGGAGCAGACGUAUUCCUGGGAUGUGGCCGUUGCUUACCAUCGCAGAAACAAGGAGGCUCUGAACUCGUUCGCCAUGACCGUCCUCAACUCUCUCCCCGAGUCCAGGACAGAACGCUUGGUUGACAGGCAGAAGCUGGUAGAGGCGGAGCAAGAAUUGCAGCGUGAGAGGUCACCUGGUGCAGCAGGGGGACUCAAUGGCACGAAUCAAAUGUCAGCUCUCCAAGUCCAAGGAGAACUUGAUACCGAAGCCGAGGAAGGCGUGACGGGCAACUCGCAGUGGGGCCGUCGCCGCCGGCGACGCCGCAUUUGGCAGGCGAUUGUGGCUGUCGUACAGCGGGUUGCAAAAGCCAUUGGAUCACUGCUCGCGUGCCUCGGCGACUUCGGAAAGUUCGCCGCCACUGGCUACACCAGAGCUUUCAGUACGAGUACGGCCGGGAGUAUCGGUUUGAGCGCCGGCAAUACGAACUUUUUAAAGGAUAUCCUUGGAGGGAAAACACCCUCCGGCUGGAUUUCGCUGGAUAUGGGAUUCUCCGUUGGAUCCACGAGUGAGGUUUGGUGGGCGGGUUCAGGGUUUAGCGGCUCCCUCGUUUGCGAUACUACUGGCGCGUGUUCGAUCUAUAUAGCUGUGUCCGUCCUAGCUACCGGGAACGCAAAAACUCCAUGGAGCCCCCUUUGUCCCAUGGGUCCCACUUGGGCGGGCAUGGAUUGCAGCCACUGCGCGGGGGCAUCGGUGACGAUUUUGUGCUGCAGUUUCGAUCUCACGAACGGGCACAACACCUGCAGGUAG